AUGGCCAACCACGCGGCAAAGCGUCUUUCUCGUUUGCCUCCUAUCGAGGUGGUUCUUCUCAGCCAUGAAGACCACGCCGACAAUCUCGAUGAGCCGGGCCGUCUGCUCCUCGAUGGCCGUAAGGUUCUGACUACCAUUGACGGCGCAAAUAAACUGGCUCCGCGCCCGGGAGUACGCGGUCUCCGUCCUUGGGAGAAAGUAGGACUCGACAUUGGUGGCAAGAAGCUUGAGGUAGUUGGCACCCCUUGCCAGCACCUGCCUGGAGGCGAGUGUACCGGGUUCAUUAUCCUGGCCGAUGAAUUUGGCCUAACAGAUGGACGGCCGAACGCCAUCUACUUCUCGGGCGACACGGUAUAUCUGGAGGAACUGGCCCAGAUGAAGGAAAAAUAUCAUAUCUCUGUCGCAGUAUUGAACAUUGGCAAAGUCAUGAUUCCGCCCCCAGGCUCUGCCACACCGAUCCAGAUCACUAUGGAUGGAAAACAAGCAGCAAAGCUAUUUCGAGAUAUUGACGCAGACGUCUUGGUCCCUAUGCAUUACGAGUCGUGGACGCACUUUACCGAGAAUGGACCUGCUCUCAGGCAUGCCUUUGAGGCGGAAGGCGUCAUGGACAGAGUUUGUUGGCUGACGCCUGGUGUGUUGCAAGAGAUUGUGUGAAGACGACGGUGACGGAAG